AUGGACCUAAGUAUUUUGAUGACUCAUACAAGAACAAGACCAAUCAACCAAAGAUCUGAUCAUGCUACAGUUCUCUAUGGAAACCAAUUGAUCAUCUUUGGGGGAGGAAAUGGAUUGAGAGCAUUGGAUGAUGUUCAUAAACUUGAUGUAACAGAUUUGAAUGAAUUAGAAUGGAGAGAAUGA